AUAUCCAGCAACAGAAAAAAAAUCAAACAAACACUUGGAUAUAAAACCUCUGUGAGGGCAGGGAAGUGAUAAGUUGGGGAAGAAAAGAAAGAAAGUAUACCAACACUUGCUAGGCUGCUAGCAAAUAGCAAUGGAAGCUCUAUGUACCAACACUAACCAAUUUCAUGCUCCUCUGUGUGAUUCUUCUCUGGCAUCGCUACGCCCAUUAGCUCUCUCUCUAAAACCUUGCUCACUCUUCUCCAAAACAUUAAGAACAAGAGCAAACAUUAUCUCCACAACUUCAAGAUACCCAUCUCUAAGAAUUUCUGCAUCUACUCCUGCUUCUUCAACAGAGACUGCUACUGCAGUUUCUGCUGUACCUUCGGAAAUGAAGGCUUGGGUUUAUGGAGAGUAUGGUGGCAUUGAUGUUCUCAAGUUUGACUCAAAAGUUUCAGUUCCUGAAAUCAGUGAGGACCAAGUUCUACUCAAGGUUGUUGCUGCAGCACUCAAUCCAGUUGAUGGAAAGAGAAGACAAGGAAAAUUUAAAGCAACUGAUUCUCCUCUACCUACUGUUCCGGGCUAUGAUGUUGCUGGUAUAGUUGUUAAAGUUGGAAGCCAAGUGAAGAAUUUGAAAAAUGGCGAUGAAGUAUACGGAAACAUAAAUGAGAAGGCUUUGGAGAACCCCCACCAGUUUGGAUCAUUAGCUGAGUUCACUGCAGUUGAGGAGAAAUUGUUGGCUUUAAAGCCCAAGAAUUUGGACUUCAGUCAGGCUGCUGGACUUCCUCUCGCCAUCCAAACGGCUUACGAAGGUCUUGAAAGAACGGGGUUAUCGGCUGGUAAAUCAGUUCUUGUUUUAGGUGGUGCUGGUGGAGUUGGAUCACUGGCAAUUCAGCUGGCAAAGCAGGUAUUCGGGGCAUCAAAAGUCGCAGCUACAUCUAGCACAGGGAAAAUAGAGCUAUUGAAAAGCUUGGGUGUCGAUUUGGCCAUUGACUACACCAAGGAAAAUUUUGAAGAUCUUCCAGAGAAAUUCGAUGUUGUUUUUGAUGCAGUUGGGCAGUCAGAUAAGGCGGUGAAAGCCAUUAAAGAAGGUGGAAGUGUUGUGGUGCUAACAGGUGCAGUCACUCCACCCGGUUUUAGAUUUGUAGUCACUUCCAACAGAGAGGUGCUAAAUAAACUGAACCCAUAUUUGGAAAGUGGGAAGAUCAAACCAAUGAUCGAUCCCAAGGGUCCAUUUCCAUUCUCUCAAGUCAUCGAAGCAUUUACUUAUCUUGAAGCAGGCAGAGCUACUGGAAAGGUGGUUAUACAUCCGAUUCAAUGAGCUUUAAAAUCGUGCAUGAUCAACAUCUCCAACUGAAAGGGUACUACAUACGCAUAUAUCAACCAAGUACUUUCAUUCAGUUUCGUCCCUCUCUGUCUUGUACUAGAUUCGAGACGUGAAUCAUAAUUAACCUUAAAUAACAUUUCCAUUUGGGGGACUGGUCAGUUGAAAGUGGGCAAUUACAAAGUUACCUCUCU